CUUCCCCUGCCCGGUCCCGAACCUCUGCUCUAGGCAGUCGGGACCGGGGUGACCUACCUAGGGGACUCCCCGAAGGGGAGGGUGGAGUCUUGGCGCGUGGCGACCCGAGACGGGCUUCCUCGGCCCCUACCCACGGCUGGGUCUUCCCCUGGGUCGCGGGAGCCUCAGUUUUCUCUCUGCAGCCUGCAGCGGAGGCGAAGCCAGGCCGCGCGGGCCCUGCGGGGGGAGGCGCGCGAGGCAGCGCGGGAGCGCGCGGAGCGGGCACGCGGACUGUUGGAGGCAGCACAGCAACGCAAGCAGGACCUGGAGCAACGUAGUCGGCAGCUGCAGGAGCAGUGGGAAGAACUGUCAAGUCAGGUACGUUCAGGAAAUGCCGUUUCUUGCUUCCCCUAACAAGUGCCACUCAGGUCCGUGUCUCCGUUGCGUCCCGUACCCACCUCCCAGUACAUCCCUCGCCCUUAGAAGUCCGCAAACCCCGCCCUCACAAAGCUCCACCCCUAGUUAUUUUACUAUGGAGGGGACCAACUCAGUCGGCAGCGCGCAGAGCAGCAACUCGGGACCCAAUUACUAGCAUUGCAGGUACUUUGGUAGGGCCCUGAGGGCUGGAGCCUCCGCGUGGGUGGGGCCAUGAGGAGACCUGGGGCGAGUGGGGUCCCGAGGGCCAGGGGCACUGCCGUAAGGUGCGGCGGGAUGCUCAGCGGCCGGGCUUCUGACCUUCCUUGGACCCAAUGGAAGAAACAACUGGAGUUGCUGGAGGCCAAGCACGCGAUGCAGGCGGAGGGCUUGCGGCAGGGCGCACAGCGGACAGAGGAGGCCUGGGCCAGUUUCCAGGAGCAGAGCGGAGUCCUGCAGGAGCUGCAGGGGAAAGUGAUGGAGGCGGCGGCUGCACUGGAUGCCUCGCGAGGCAGCGCGGAACUUUGCAACUCUCAGUCACGCCGGGUGCAAGACUGCGCGGGGUCCCUCAUGGAGGAGGUGGCCAAGGCCGAGUGUGUGAGCGCAUACCCGGGCGGGGAGGGCUGGAGCCGGGACCGCCCCCACCGGAGCCCGCCCUCUGCCAAAUCCGCCCCAAUGGGGCUCCCCCUCACACCCACGGGGACCCGCCUCCCCACGAGGACACCACCCCUUCGACCGACCCGCCCUCACGAGGAUCCCAACUCUCGGGGGCCUGGUCCUGGUGGUUCCCGCCCCUUACGUGAGACGCCGCGCCGCUCCCCUGCGGCGGCCGUAGAACUGGACGCCACCCCUCCCCCCCGCAGAAGAAGCGGCUAUUUUGCAGCGCGGGCGCGACGGGCACCAGGUGGGCCAAGGGACUGGCCAAGGGAACACCGGGCUCGGGUCCGCCCCCCGACUAGUACCUUGCGGGAUUCGGCCGGUUUGUCUGUCCGUGCGUCCUUUGGCCACCAGGUUGUGGGCACUGAGCGCGCUGCAGAUGCUGCUGCUGCUGCUGCCGCUCGGCUUUCUGGCGCUGGCGCUGCUCUACCUGCUGCUGGUCAACCCCGAAGCCUUCCGCCGCCUGCUUCCGCGCCUGGUGUCGGACACCGCCUUCCGCCGCCUGCGCUAUACGCUGUCCCCGCUGCUCGAGCUGCGCGCGCGCGGGUUGCUGCCCGCCUAGGAUUCAUCACGUCGGCCGCGGUCACCUGCACCUCUGUCUCUCGUGUGGUUUCUGGGUGUCUGGGGGAAGCCAAGGGGAAACACCUGCGGGUGGGUCGUGUGCCCGUCGGGGCCCAGCGGCAGGCUCUAACACCUCGUCCUCAGUGGGCGGGGGGCCUUCCAGGCAGACGCUGUGUCUAGAGAGUUCGUCUCCGGCGCUCCGCAGCAAGGGGGCGAUCCGGCCCAGAGCCUCUGGCUUGAGUGGGGUUCGCCUUCGCCUGGUGCUCUCACCAAGGGGCUUCCGGGCGGCAUUGCGGGGAGGCCCCUUUCCUACAGCCCGUGCUGCUGCCCUGGAGCCAGCUGGGAAGUUGGUCUGUAUCUUGUUAAACUUGCCUUUUUUUUUUCCCCCUCCCUUUGCUAGUGAGCCUCGGGCGGUAGCGGAAAUUGGGGAGGGAGCUGGUCGGUCUGGUCUCCUUGGUGGUCUGUGUCCUUUGGCCCUGCGGUGCGGUUGUUAUUCAAGACCUCCGCAGCGUCCCUUUGUUAGUUCUCUUGAGAUGGAUUCUCCGCAGAGCCGGGCAGCUUGGCGGUCCUCCCUUUGGUCCGCUUCAAUGUCCGUGCUCGCGACUUCGGUCUUUCUAGGGGAAUUGUCUUUGUAUCAGAC